AUUCUGUCACCGACUUUAAUUCUUUUCUAAUUCUUCUCCUCCCCCUCCACUACUUCUUCUUCGAUCUCCCACGCCACCAGUAGUCCAGUACCACACCCAGUCACCCACAGGCCACAGUCCAACAACCCUAAUCGAUCGACGGAUUGAGUCAUCAGACGAUUACCCAAGAAGGCAAGAACCCUAAUCUAGGUCCCAGUGACUCUGGACCUCCGUCUACAGUGAUUUGUUUUUGGAUAUUGCCGCUGCCCAAGAUUCUCCAGUACCGUAGUUUGUUGCCGGAGAAGUUGAUUGAGGUUUUCAGAAGAUUGAAAAGAGCAAUUCCAGCCGUUGUGAACAUUGGAGACACUAAAACUUAAUGGAGGCAGAUGUAGUGGUGAAGCAUCAAGCCAUGAAUCCGUGCUGUGCUGCGUUGAAAGAGAAAUACAUAAAGCUGGGAGAAAAACGAAAUGUUCUACGACAAGCGGUGAAGAUGCAAAAUGAUGAGAUUGAUAAGCUUCAGAAUGAAAAUCUGAGUCUUAUGAAAGAGAAUGAGGAGGGGAGAGUGCAGGCUGCCAUUGAAAGACAGGAGAAUGCAAAAGAAUCAGAUAGGAGAAUAUCUUUGGAGAAUGAGGUCCGUGCUCUUAAAUCUGAGAUACUAUCGUUGCAACAAAAAGGAAGCUCGGAAUCUCAAGAUCUAGAUGGAGAAGUAAUGCUUCUUCGAACACGAAUUUCUGCAGGGGAAACAGAAAUAAAUCGGCUCAAGGAGCUUCUUGAGAAAGAGAGAAUCACGGCAGAAUCAGGGUGUAAGAAAGCUGAAGCAGAGAAGAAAGAAGCUGAAAAAGCAUGGAAAAUUGUGGAGGAAGAAAAAAGUAGGGCCAAUGAGGAAAGGAGACUUGCUGAUAUUGAACGGAAAAAGUUGGACGAAAAUGGAGUCCAGUUAGAGAAGCUAAAGGUCGAGGCAAAGAAAAAUCUUGAGAUAGAAAGGCAAAAGGUGAUGCAAGAGAAAAAACGUGCAGAUUCUGAGAUGGCAAAAGCAGAAGAGCAAAAGAACCUUGCAGAAAUGAAUCAGAAGAAGGCCAUAGAUGAAAAAUGCCGUGCGAAUGAUUUGUCUCAACAAUUGCAAGAGUAUAAACAACGGUUGGAGAAAUUAAAAAAGGAGAUGGAUGAACAAGAAUCCUCGAAAACAUUUGUUAAGUUGUCUACUGACCUUUCUGAUAAAGAGAUGAAACCUGAUGCAACAGGGAGAGGUGGGCUCUUUCCAUUGGAGAUGUUAAAACCGGAAAUGGCUGAAUCAAAGUUGGUUUCGGGAGACUUAACGUCUGAAACUGUAAAGAAAAGCAUCAAGCAGCAGAAACAGAAGGCGGUCAGAGAAAAGAGGCGUGCAGAUUCAGAGAUGAGGAAAGCAGAAGAGCAAAGGGUGAUUGCAGAAGCUAAUAUGAAAAAGGCCAUGGAGGAAAAACGUCGUGCAGAUCAGUUAGCUCAGCAGUUAGAAGACAAAGGACGUAAGAUUGAGGGACUACAAAUUGAAAUGUUAGAAUUUGCCUCCUCUAGAAAACUGGUUGAGGCUCCUGUUGAUCCACCUAAUAUACACACGAAUUCUGAAACUGCUAAAAUGAAGCUGCUGAAAGAUGAAUUGAAGUUUAAAAAGAAGCAACUGAAGCAUGCCAAAGAAGUUGCUAAGUUGGAAAUUGGCCGAAACAAAAUUCUUCAACAAGAACUGCAUCUCUUAAAGAAGGAAUGUGUCCAAUUUUCGCAUCGUCUGGAUUUACUAAAUAAAUGUUUCCCAUAUUGCUGUGAAGGUAGAGAUGACAAUGCAAAGAAUGGCAACAUCUUCAAUAUCCCAAGCUUUAACUUGAAGAAGAAGCUCUUCAUGAAAGAAUCACAUCAGGUUCACCUUCACUGCAAUAAUGACCUGGAUGCCUCUGAUUUUAUGAAGCAAUCCAUAGAUAGUAAUGCACAAUUGCUUCCUUGUAGUGUCAGAAACUGCGCUCAGUGCACCUCAGGUAUUGAUUCUAAAAUGGAGCCUCUACUUGGAGGUUCUAACAGACAAAUGUUACAGAGUUCUGCGUUAAAUUCAAGUACGUCAUCGUUUUCUGAUGGACUAUUGAUGGGCUCACAGGAAAGAGGUGCUUUCUCAGUCACCGCAUCAGCUAUAGUGGCAGGAGAGAAAUCCAAAUCAAAGUCACAGUCUAACAUUUCCAGCUUGUCUGGUGAAGUUACCAGAACAAGGUGCAUUGAUGCCGUUGGGAGGAAGGCUGGGCACGGUAAAAAGAGAAAGAGGAUCGUUAAUGCACUUAAAUCCAUUGAACAUUUGUACUCCGAGGGUAAAAACUUGCAGCUCCGGAUAGAGGAGAAGUUGUCCAUGCUUCAUGGCAUGUUAAACAGUCAAACAGGCAAAUUCCUGCAAAAGAACCCAUGCAUGAUGUCUGACUUGGAAUGUAAUCCCAUUGCUUUGCCAGCCAGGGUGCACAAGAAAAGAAAGGCAUCUUGUGAAGAAGUAGCUCUGAAGCAUUUGUCUGACCUUAAUGGGUGCACGGACAUUCAAAGAGGAGAAGUGCAGGCAUUUGAUGCUGUAAUGGGUGAUUGGGGCAAUUUGGGAAGUCAUGAGGAACUAGAAGGGAACUAUAUGAAGCUGCUUGACUUGCAUAAUGCAGUUGACGAGGACCGCUACCGUAAAGCUAUUCAAUUGCCGCUGUCACCAACUCUUCCUGUGAUUGCGGUUCAAAACAACGAGUCAUUUGAAUUAGAUAACACUAGAGGUUAUGCAGUGGACGAGGACCGCUACCGUAAAUUUGAAUUAAACGAGUCAUUUGAACAGGCCAAUCUGGGGCCUAUUUGCAAAGUUGAUGUUAACACAGACGCGGAGUCCGAUAGAUGGAAAUUUGGUACUUCUAAAACUUCCCAUGUUCCACCAUUGAAUAAGAAUGGAGGUAUUGCUAAUCCUUUUGAGAAUGUGACAAACAACGGAAAUGUUAAGUGCAAUACCGUGUAUGAGGACAAUACUUGUCCCCACCAGAUGGAGCGUUCCCAUGCAGAGAGGGGGAUGCCAGAUAUUUACAGUUGUGGCUAUGGAGGGGCAAAUAAUUUGUGUCAAAGUUCACUUGUACGUGCGGGCAAUGAUAUCCGUAGAUGCUAUGUUGUGGUUUCUGAUACCAAGGACUACAGCAGCAUGUCUAGGAUAUUUUGUGCUGCUGGAACUUGUAUGUCUGAGUUUUCUACUAUUUCUCAGACGGAUCUGGUGCAAAAGCUUCUGCAUGCUCUUUCGAGUAAUGAAGAUCUUUCAAAGAAGGAGAAGGCAUGCGUGUAUUUUUCAGUUUUACUGAACAAAAUUUCUGGAAUUGCUAUGGAGGAAUUCAGAAAUUUUCUGAAGAGUGGUUCCAUCCGCUUUUUUGAAUCCUUUGCUGGACACAUGCACACAGCGGUGUCUGAUAUGCAGACAAGAUGUAUACUUGCAGAAUUAUGCACCUCUGGGGAGCUGCUUACACUCAUCGAGGAUUUCCUUAUGAACAGAAGAAUUCUGGUGUAUAGUGAUGUUUCUUCUCAUUCAUUACCACUUUGUGGUUCAAUGGACGACCUGUUUCUGAAUGGGAAAGAAGAACAUCUGUCAUAUGAAACGGCUCUAACACCUCAGUUACUGGCGGGGAGCAUCUUAUUAGCAGCAUUAUGUGCAGCGAUUGACCACAUUGGGUUCUUAUGUGAGGCUUCGUACAACAUCUUCAGGAUGCACGAAUUGGAUGGUUCCUUGGUGCUGACUAUUCUUCAUGUUUUUGCUUUUGUAUGUGGAUCUAAAUAUUUCAAUCAUAAAGAUGAUGGUUUGAUAAUGACCGUCAUCAAAUCCUUAGUCCCAUUUCUAGAGAAGAGAAAUAUAGCAAGUGAUUCCGAUUCAUGCCCGGAGUUCCCUGCGUGCACCCAAUGCCCCUUUUCCGUGGAUGUAGUUUCUGUGGAAACUGUUGUUUUAUCUCUCUUGCAACAACUUCAGAAAUAUGCAUUAUCUGGUACUGUUAAUCAAGAUCCAAAUGAAGUGGAAAAUUCAUCUUCACUCCUGUCCUACAAUGAGAAGGCUGAGAACACCUGGUGGCUGGAGGGAGAAUUAAAUCUCCAACCUAUGAACUGCAGUGCAUCCUGCUGUUUAAUCAAGCUUGAUAUGCCCACCUCUCAAGUAAAGUCUCUUUGUGAUGGGAAUUUUUGCCAUUUCAGUGAUGUAAUCUCGCUAGUGGAGCUUGUAGCAGGGAAUAUGAGUUGGGAUUGGACAUGCAACAACAUUGUGCAUCAGCUGUUGAGAUUGUUGGAAUCAUGUGCCCAAGAGAACUUUUUUGCUGUUACUGUUAUACUUCUUGGUAAGCUGGGAAGGCUUGGAGUUGAUGCUAGUGGGUAUGAAGACAACAGUGUUGAAAACUUGAGAUACAGGUUGUCUUCAUUUCUGUGCCAGAGUUCUUCGAGGAAAUUGUCUCGGCUUUCUCAAAUCGCCAUUGUCAACGCUUUACUUGGUCUCCUUUCUAUCAGUUUUACAGAACUUAUUAAGAGUACCGUCGAGGUUCCAGCAGUUGUAAGUCCACCUAAUGAUAAUCCCACGGAUUGUAUUAGGGAGUGGUACUCUGGACUAAGCAAGGAGCUGCAGUCCCUGUCAUUCAGUCUUCUACAAUCUGCUAGUGUGUCCUGUUGCACAACUUCGUAAUUAACUGCUGCCUUAUUGAUCUGGCCUGGCCUAAGUUUGAAUUGGGAUUUUGUUGGAGCAUUACUUACAGCUAGGGUCAGAAAGUAGAAUUUCUUGAUGGACGACUUCACCAUGGUUAAGAGGCAAGUGCUUUGCAUGUGACUAGGAGUACAAAACAUGUAGUGAUGAUAUAUGGCAAUUUUGUGUUACCUCUGUUUUCCUAAAACUCUGAAGUUCUGAACUUUUGUUUUUUGGGUAACUAAAAAGUUCUGAACUUUUACCCCU